AUGGGCGGCCUUUGCUCCAAGGAGGGCGUCGUGGAGGAGGCACCGCCCGCCGCUGUCCCGGGCCCGCUGCACAAGGCGCCCAGCCACAGCCAGUCCCUCAAGGAGCUCAUCACGCUCACCGCCAAGGAUGUGGACGACGCCCCCGCCGUGCACGCCGUCAUCUCCCGGACGGCGUCCAACGCCAAGGCCAAGGCCGCCGGCGGCGGUGGCGGGGCCGCGCCCGCGGCGGCGGCUAGCAACAAGGAGGCCGUGGAGAAGACCGCGCCCCCCGUCGUGGUCAUCACGUCCCUCAGCAAGUCCUUCAGCACCGCGGGGGCGCCCACGCACCACCGCCGCGCCACGCUGGACAUCAACGGCGGCGGCGGCGCGGACCCCCCCGGCGGGAAUCAGGUGAUCUCCAGCGUGCCGCAGGGGUUCUCCGGCGAGCACGUCAUCGCCGGAUGGCCCUCCUGGCUCACCUCUGUCGCCGGGGAGAUCGUCGAAGGCUGGCUGCCCCGCCGCGCCGACACGUUCGAGCGGCUGGACAAGAUCGGGCAGGGCACGUACAGCAACGUGUACAAGGCCCGCGACCUGCAGAGCGGCAAGAUCGUGGCGCUGAAGCGGGUGCGGUUCGUCAACAUGGACCCGGAGAGCGUGCGGUUCAUGGCGCGGGAGAUCCACAUCCUCCGGCGGCUGGACCACCCCAACGUGAUCAAGCUGGAGGGCAUCGUCACCUCCCGCCUCUCGCACAGCCUCUACCUCGUCUUCGAGUACAUGGAGCACGACCUCGCCGGCCUCGCCGCGCUCUCGGGGCAGCGAUUCACGGAGCCGCAGGUCAAGUGCUUCAUGGCCCAGAUCCUCGAGGGCCUGCGCCACUGCCACGCCCGGGGCGUCCUGCACCGGGACAUCAAGGGAUCCAACCUCCUCAUCGGCGACGACGGCACGCUCCGGAUCGCCGACUUCGGCCUCGCCACCUUCUUCGACCCCGGGAAGACGCAGCCCAUGACCAGCCGCGUCGUCACGCUCUGGUACCGACCGCCGGAGCUCCUUCUCGGCGCCACCGAGUACGGCGUCGCCGUCGACCUCUGGAGCACCGGCUGCAUCCUCGCCGAGCUGCUCGCCGGGAAGCCCAUCAUGCCCGGCCAGACCGAGAUCGAGCAGCUGCACAAGAUCUUCAAGCUCUGCGGGUCGCCGUCGGAGGACUACUGGGCCAAGGCGAAGCUUCCCGACGUGACGCUCUUCAAGCCGCAGCGGCCGUACCGGCGCAAGAUCGCCGAGACGUUCAAGGACUUCCCUCCCACGGCACUGGCGCUCCUCGACACGCUGCUCGCCAUCGAGCCGUCGGCCCGGGGCACGGCGGUCUCAGCUCUCGACAGCGAGUUCUUCCGGACGAAGCCGCUGGCGUGUGAUCCGGCGAGCCUGCCCAAGUACCCGCCCAGCAAGGAGUACGAUGCCAAGCUCCGAGGCCAGGAGGCAAGCAGGCAAAACACGGCGACCAUCGGAGGCAAGGGCUCCGUAUCCAUCAAGCCCGGGAGAGACGACGCCAAGGCGGCGCCAGCCCAGGACGCCAUUGCCGACUACCAGAGGCGGCACGCGCGCACCAACCAGAAGAGCAUCAGCCACCACUACAGCUCGCAGGAGGACAGCGUGCCGGGCUUCCGCAUCGAGCCGCCGCCGCCGGCCGUGGCCGCCGGGCGCGGGCCGGCGACGAUGCAGGCCGCCGGCGGGUUCGGGUCGACGUGGUACAGGAGCGACGACCGGCGGGGGGUCCAGCGCGCGUCCAGCUCCGUCAGGGCGCCGCACCUCACCUCGCAGCGCUCCUACGCGCAGUCCCGGGGCACCGACCUGCACCCGAGCUCGUCGGCCGCCCGGAACGCCAGCUACAGGUACAACCGCCUCGACGUCGCCGAGCCGCCCAACGCCGUCGGCCGCCCGGGAUCCUCCCACCACAAGGACCUCGCCAUGAGGGACGCAUCGGCGGGAUUCGGUGCGAAGAACAAGAGGAUCCACUACUCAGGGCCGCUGAUGCCGCCCGGGGGGAACAUGGAGGACAUGCUCAAGGAGCACGAGAGGCAGAUCCAGCAGGCGGUCCGCAAGGCGCGGGUCGAGAAGGAGAGGACGAACAGGCACCAUUACUGACAAAAAAAAAUGCAUCAAGUUAUUGGCAGCCAUACAUGGGGAAUCCCAUGGUCGUCGCGGACCAGCGAGCACUCGUGUCUCUCCAUGGAGCACAUGCGACAUCAUUGGUGGAGGAUCGACGCACGAAUGCGCCGCCGCCUCGCAGUCGCUCGGGGCUGCAAAGAGUCGGGCUUUUCUUGAUCCAUGUGUAUAAAUAGCAGUGGUAGAGAGGCUUGAAAAGCCUGACGGGGAGAAGAGAGACACAUGUACAUGAGGCAGGUUGUAAAGACACCAAAAGGAAAAUGUGUGCGCAUCUGAUUGACUUGUUGCAA